AUGGCAAAAAAUAGAAAACAUUUAAGCCUAAGUGAUAAAGCCAAGAUAUUAGAAGACUUAAAGAAAGUUGUUGGGGUGACUGUUUUAUCCAAAGAAUAUGGUGUUGCUAAAUCUACCAUAUGCUCUAUUCGAAACAGAAGGGUAAACAUUUUGAAAAGGAUCAAUAAUACUUUUAACGUACCAGGAAAAAUGAAAACCUGCUUAAGACAUUCAGAGUGUCCACGAAUGGAAAAAGCUCUAUAUAAGUGGUUUCUAAAACAAAGAGAGAAAAAUCUUCCCGUAACCGGUUUAAUGAUCCAAGAGAAGGCCAAGCUGCUUCACAAUGAAUACAAAGAAUCUUCCUCUUUCCAUGCAAGCAGCGGCUGGUUGCAAAAAUAUAAAAAGCGCUUUGGAAUACGUUACUUAAAGAUUUCAGGAGAAAAACUGUCAUCACAGCCUAAGCUUGUUGAUCCUUUCAAAAGAUAUCUAGAAGUAAAAAUUAAAGAUCUUCAACUGUCGAAAGAUCAGAUUUACAACGCAGACGAAACUAGCUUAUAUUGGAAGCUUCUUCCUGGAAAAACAUAUGUAGCUCGCGAAGAGAAAACAGCUCCAGGAAGGAAAACCGAAAAACAAAGAGUGACCUUUCUAGCAUGCACAAACGCGGCAGGUACGCACAAAUUAAAACCACUAUAUAGUGAUUGGAAAAUCCAAAAAUCCUCAAUCAUUUCGAAAUUUCAACUGUCCUGUUCAUUAUAG